AAUACUAGUGAUAACGGCUGUAGAGGGGGAGCGGCCCAGGGGUGGACUCGGCAGCCGACGUUGGUUGCCUUCGGUUGCGAUUCGGUUCUGUGUUCUGCCGUUUUCUGGACUCAUUGGAGAAAGCUGAAGAUGGUGAGGCCUUACUACAGCUCCCUGCGAGAGAAGCAGAGGUCUUUUUCCAGCUUUCGAAGGUCCCAGGAGUCUCACGGUGGAAUGCAUUGUGCUGACAGCCACAGCCCUCGGCCCAGGACUCGCCGGGACCUGCAAGGCCCCCCCACAAAGCUACAUCGGUGGAGGGAGUCUGCUAGGGGUGGAGCUCCCCACUUCUCCCGGAGGCCAGAUAACCAAUGGGGGCCUCGCCAGCGGAGUCCUGCUCACGGGUACCCUGCCCAGACUGGACUCCAGAACAGCCAUAGAAGGCGUUCGCCUCCCUGGUCUAGUCCCCCACCCCCCCAGUUCUGCCACCGCUCCCCGCUGACCCACGGGCACUGCCCUCCGGCUUCGCGGAGCCCCCUUCCCAAAGUGCCUUUCCCUGGACGCUUUUCCCCCUCAUCACCACGGCGCUUUCACAAUGAGCCCUCCCACAGGAGGUCACCAUCCCCACGGCACAGCCCUCAUUGGGGAUUGCACCGACGACAUGGCACCGAGCCGGGCUCUGGCUGGGUUCCGGGGCCCAGGUGGCAUCACAGACCCAGAGGAGGUCAUCAGUGUCGGGGCGAACGCUGGAAUGGAACCAGGGGGUUCAGGUUCUCCCCCUCUCCUCAGCGGAGGUCCAUGGAGUUUCACAGAAGGAGUCCGUAUCAAGAGAGGUUGUCCACCGAGCUGGAGGCAAAGAAGCAUGGCAGGAACGAGGUGGAAAGGGAUGGAGGUGGGCGCAGCUCGGCCUGGGGCCGGGAACACAGUCCUCGUUACGCUCACAGGUCCCCGAAGUGGAGGGCGUCCCCUUCCGCAUCUGCUGCUGCAUCCUCUUCCUCACCUAGGUUCCACCACCGUUCAGAGGAGAAGCUUGUCAGGCCUCUGAAGAGGAGGAGCCAGGAUGAAGGCUUGGGGUUCGAGCAGCCCUCUAAGCGAGCUCGGAGGGAGGCAUCACAGCAUCCACCCUCUCACCGGGGAUUUGGUGGCCGCGCACUGUCCCUCAAGGAUAAGAGCCGCUUGCUCAAAGCGAGGAUGGUCAGAGCAACUUCAGAGGUGAGACUCGGAGUGCCCCAAAAGAUUAGCAGAGAGACGGGGAACACUGAAAAGCUGAGACACCCCAAAUCUUGGGCCCCAAAAGAUGUGGAGGAGAAGGAACAGACCUCCACAGAGGAGGGGAAGGUACGACAGGAGGCGGCCAAGGUCCAGCCGCUGAAGAAACACACCCUGAAGAAGGUCCCCUGCAAGUCACCCUUUGCAGCAGAGGGUGCAGAUGACCAAAAGAGGGACAAAGAGACGCUCACCAUCAAGGUGGACACACGGCACACCCUGAGCAACUACAGCUCCUCUUCCUCCUCCUCCUCCUCCUCCUCCUCCUCUGACAGACAGCUUUCACGGGAUCUUGUGAUUGUGUCCCAGCAGGGUCUGGCUUCUCGAUCUGAAGCCUCCAUAAGUGACCACUGGAAAAAUAAAUCGCAGGAAGCCCAAGAAAACUCCUCAGCGCCACAAGAGCCCCAGAAGCAGAGCCUCACACUCAAUGAGCGCUUUUCUAAACUUCAGAAGGAACACCCUUCGGCCAGGGUUGGCAACGGUCGCUACUCGGGCCUCAAAAUUCAGAGGAAAAUUCACAUACCGUUGUUGAACCACAAGACUGUGAAAAUGAGUAAAGCGCCACCUCCAUCGAAACCGAUGUCACACCAUUCUGAUUCAGAAGCAAAACCAUCGGUUCCCCAGAGGUCGGAAUUGGUCCAGCGCCUGGGAACCUUCAAGAAGCCAUUGAUGGUCAGUGUAGUACCACGCCCCUCAUUCCACCAGAAGCCUGCUUUCAGGAAGAGCCAGAGCAUCACUACAAAAUAUCGCCAGAUGCAAGCAUUGCGCUACCGGGGGCCUACCUAUCCACAUGGCCACAACCCCCAUCACCGUGGUCCUGCACCUUACAGUCAUGGUCCUGCCCCCUAUAAGCGGGGUCCCCCCUAUAUCAGCAACAGUUUCCACCACAGAUGAUGGAUGGACUGCAGAUACUUCCCAUGGGUCUCCUCUCCCUGGCUGCUUGCCUUGCCUCUGGUGAUGUCUGACACCACUAAUGGGACUACACAGACAGAAGCUUAAACUUCUAUCUAAAUGGGAUAAAGAAGAGGCUGGACACCGUGUGUGUGUGUGUGUGUGUGUGUGUGUGUGUGUGUGUGUGUGUGUGUGUGAGAGAGAGACACACCUUACAGAAUGUAGGUUGAAUUCAUAUCCCGUUACCCCUGCUUUAGGUUCCACAAGUGACCCUCUCUGUUUCAGUAGCCAUCACGGCCAUUUGUGGGGUGUGAUGUGAGAACGGAAACUUUAAAUACUGUGUGCCAGACGUCUUGCUCAUACACUUCCCACUCUUCUCUAGGUGUCUCCAUAAAUGUUCAGGUUUUCUAUUAAUGGACAGCAGGUGGAGUUGUAGUUACAGCCAUGAUCUUGCAAAUGAAAGGCCCACCUCAUGUUGUAGUACAUUUGGAUACUUGCACUGAACUCAUACAGUUAAAAAUGACCCUUCUGUAUGAAUAAGUCAGUGUAAGAAGCUAAGUCUCUAUUUUAAGUUGCUGGGGAAAAGUCAGAUACACAAAUUCAUAAAGUGGAUUUCUGUUUCUGAAUCACACUUAAGCUGAGAACACUCACUUGUUCUGAUGUUUAAGAAACUGGCUAAGCUUUGCUUCUGUUUGACACUUGCUUUCUUUUACGUUUUACCCUCUGAACUCGGCAUGUUGCGUUUGUAAACAUUUUGUUUAAGAUUCAAUAA